AUGACGACGAAGAGCAAUAAAGGAAUUAGACUUGAAACAGACAUCGAAAAAUGUCGAGAAGAAGGAAAUUGGAAGAAAGUUAUAGAAUUAUCAGAUCAGUUGAAGAUGAAAAAUAAUCUACAAGGACCAUUAUGUAAUUUCUUAUUGGGUGAAGGAAAGUUAGAGAUUUUCUUGGAGGAAUAUCCACCAUUAGAAUGUAAUAUUAGUAAAGCUAAGGCAGGUCUCAUAGAAGCCAAAAAAAGUCUUCUGAUAGCUGCAGGAGAACAAGGCGUUAAAGCUGGUGUUUCUUUAGAUGCUCAUCUUCUUUUGGGUAAACUACAUUAUGCGAUGGGUCAUUAUGAGGAAUCUUUAAAGCAUUAUAUGGAUGCUGAUUUACAUUCUUUGACUGAGAAGUCUCUUCCAAGCAGAAGCUUAAGGAUAGUUGCAGAAUCCUAUGCAGUUAAAGGUCUUUGCCUUGAAAAAGUUCCACCUUCAUCUACAUCAAAAUACAAGCAUGUGGAAUGGGAAGAACAAAUGGUUAAAAGUUUUGAAUUGGCUGGAGAUUUGACAUUGCUUUAUUUGCAAGAACAGGACAAAAUUCAACAACAGUUUGUUAGUAAUACUGGAACUGGAACAGGAUCCCACUCUCCACAACCAAUGGCUUCAGUUCGACCAAUGGGACCAAUUUUGGAAACAGCUCUUCAAAGAGCACCACUUCUUCAUAUACUUGCUGGUAGAUUACCAGCUGCAGUCAAUAAAUACCGAAGUAUGCUGUCAGCUGAAGAAUCAAGUGGCACUCAUACACUCCGAUUAAUACUAACAAGGCAGUUAGGAGAAGUUCUUAUUAGAGGUUUUACUGGAAUGAAAUAUACUCCACCUUCUGCGAAUGGGAAUGGAACUCUGAAUAGGAGAAGUGGAAACUCAAGUCCUUGGAAACCUCGGGUUUAUUCUGGUCAUAAUUUAUUUAUUCCGCGAAAUGAAUGUGAAGAAAUUAUUUUGCUCCUAUUAAUAAGUGAAGCAAUGGCAGGUAGAGAAGCAGUUCUCAGUCAGUCUCCAGAAUUCAAAGAUGUAAGAUUAAGAGCUUUGACUAAUGCAACUGCAGUAUAUGAUCUUUUGACUAUAACACUGGUUAGAUGGGGGCAGAUUAGUCUUCUUCAUGAGUCUCUUGAACGUGCAUUAAAGUUUUCAUAUGAAGAGAGUCAUGUCUGGAUGCAGCGAGCUCUGUGCUUAGAAAACAUGGGAAGAUACAUUGAAGCUCUUGCUAUCAUAAAAGAAGUAGUUAGGAUGCAAUCAACCAAAGUCAUGCCUUGUCUUCUUGCUGCAAGGAUGUGCUAUACUCACUUAAACAAUAUUUCUGAAGGAAUUCAAUGGAGUGAAAUGGCACUCCAGCGAGAACUUAGUAAUCCACAAGGACUGUUGUCUAGAUGUCAUCUUUAUAUUGGGAUUGGAUCACAUUAUGCUGCAUUAUCUUCUCACCUUAAAACUAAAAAACACUCAUUAAAUAUUUCUGGAUUUGAGUCAUUUAACAAAGCAAUGCAGCUUGACCCUAAUGAUCAUUUGGUUGAAUAUUACCUUGCAAUAAGCUAUGCUUGUAAUGGGCAGACAGCUGAGGCAGUAUCACAUGUUAAGUCAAGCUUAAAACUAUGCCCUGAACAUGCUCCUUCUCUCCAUUUGAUGCUUCUCUUGCUGACAGCCCAAAGGCAGUACAUUGAAGCCCAUUCUCUUUUACAAACUGCUAUUAGUGAUUUCCCUGAUAGUUUGGACCUUCAUUAUGUCAAGGCUCAUUUGGAACUGCACAUUCAAGGACCAGAGGUUGCCUUAUUAACUGCAAAAAAUAUGUUAGUAAUUUGGAAGAAUAUAUAUGAAGACCAAACUGUAGUUGAUAAUUCUGAUAAUAAGAGCGUUUUUCAAUUGUAUACUUCUGAGAUGUCUGAUAAAGAUUCUAGUUCUCUCCAUGCUCACUCAUUAGCUGCUUCAAGAGUAGAGCAGGCACUUUCUGAAGUAGCAUCAUCUCUUUCAACAUUCACGCCAAAGCCUGGACCCCAGCGGGCUUGGCUUUUACAGUUACAAAUUUGGCUCCUUCUUGCUGAACUUUACCUUUCAAUGGAUCAAAUACCUUCUGCCGCCAAUUGUAUUCAGGAGGCAGCUAGCAUUUAUCCACUUUCUCAUCACAUAAUGUUCACGAGAGGCCUUGUUCAUGAACAAAAAAGAGAAUUCAUUGAAGCUAGACAAUGUUUUCAAAAUGCUGUGUCAAUUAACCCAUCUCAUAUCAAAAGUCUACAGCAUUUGGGUUUAAUGUACCAUUACUUAGGCAAUCAAAGGAUGGCUGAAAAGGUUUUAAGGGAUGCUGCAAGAAUUGAUCCCCACUCACCAAAAACAUGGUACAAUCUUGGAAAAGUUUUGGAAUCUCUUUGUGAUUAUUCAAGAGCAAGUGAUUGUAUGGCCACUGCCCUUCAAGUUGAAUCUGUGAGCCCUCUUUUGCCUUACACAUCAAUCCCGAUUACUUUUGAAUGA